AUGAAACCUGUAGAACUGCCCUAUCCAAGAGGAUAUGACCCAAAUGCUAAGUGCGAGUAUCAUGCUGGUGGCAUUGGUCAUUCGACAGAGAAUUGUAGGGUAUUAAAGUUCAAAGUGCAAGACUUAAUUAAUGACAAAUGGCUGAAUUUCAAGGAGGAUAAUCCUAACAUUAGGAGUAACCCCCUACCCGGGCAUGGAGGAUCGUCGGUAAAUACCGUCGAGGAAGAGCCUGCACAUGUUUUAAAGAGGAAAGUUAAAGAGGUUAUCACUCCUCUUAAGGUUGUUUUUGAUGAGUUGUGCAAGGCUGACUUGAUCAGGGGUUUUGUACAUGAAGAAAAUAUAUGUGACUUGCACCCUAAUGCAUACCACUCCAUUGAAGAUUAUGAAGAAUUCAAGCAUGUUCUGCAAACCCUGAUGGACAAGCAUUUGGUCCAAAUCGGGCACCCUAAGGAGAAAAAUGAAGUUUUGACUGUUGAUGGACAAUCCUCAGCUUUCCUGAAACCCUUGGUCAUUCAUUACACCAAAUGUAUGAACACCCCAACUACUAAUGGACCUAGACCCAUCACCAUACAAGUACCGGCUCCAUUCCCUUACAAGGACAACCAAGCAGUACCAUGGAAGUAUGAUGUAGGGGUUUAUGUCGACAAUUUUAAGGAAAAUCAAACACAAGGUGUCAAUUCUAAUACUCUCGCUGUCUCAAACAUUGCUGGCGUUGUUGGAAUGACUCGCAGUGGUCGUAUUUAUACACCUGAGGAGCUGAGAAAAGAGCGAGCAAAAGAGAUAGAGAGAUCUUCAAAGGGGAAAGCCAAAUUGGGCGAGUUUGAAGAUGCUGACGAAGAGAAAAUGCCUAAAAUAAAAAAGACAGUAUUUGAUGAAGAAGCUUGUGAGUUUUUGAAAUUUAUUCGUCAAAGUGAGUAUCAAGUUGUGGAACAGUUGAACAGAACUCCAGCACGGAUAUCUCUUUUAUCGUUGUUUUUGAACUCUGAGCCACAUAGGAGGACUCUUUUGAAAGUGUUGAAUGAGGCUCAUGUCAGCCAUGAUAUCACUACCGAUAAGUUUGGAGGCAUUGUUGGUAAUAUUGUUUCAAACAAUUAUCUCACCUUCGCUGAUGAUGAAGUACCUGCCGAAGGAAUGGGGCACAAUAAAGCACUGCAUAUUUCUGUGAAAUGUCAAGAUCACAUUAUUGCUAGAGUGCUUAUUGACAAUGGGUCUUCUCUGAAUGUGAUACCAAAAGCAACAUUGUCAAAAUUACUUUGUGAUGGGUCGCAUAUGAAACCUAGUGCCAUGAUAGUAAGAGCUUUUGAUGGAACAAGGAGAGAGGUCAUUGGAGAAAUUGAAAUCCCAAUCCAAAUUGGUCCUUGCACCUUUCAGAUUUUGUUUCAAGUAAUGGAUAUCGCACCAGGUUACAGCUGUCUUUUGGGGAGGCCUUGGAUUCAUUCUGCUAGAGUUGUACCAUCCAUAUUGCAUCAGAAACUGGAGUUUAUCAUUGAUAAUAAGUUGGUGAUUAUCUCUGGUGAAGAAGAUAUGUUAGUGAGUAAACCUUCGUCCACACCUUAUAUUGAAGCCACUGAAGAAGCUCUAGAGACCUCUUUUCAGGCUUUAGAGAUUGCAAAUGCUACUUAUGUUGGAGAGGGAGCCCCAAUCGUAAAGCCUCAAUUGUCUAAUACAUCCAUAAUGACUGCUAAAGUCAUGCUUGACGGAGGUUGUCAAUAUGGAUACGUGCUAGGACAAACCAUCACGAAAGCAGCAAACUAG